UCUCGAACGAGCAGGACCAGAAGAGUAAAGAGGGCAACCCCACUUCGCAUUCACACUUUUUUAUUAGUCACCUGAACCUCGCCACCCCCUCUUCAAACACACACACAAUUACACACACUCAUUACACACACAUAAGUUUCUAACAUGGGCUUAUGUUUCUCUCGAACGUCGGUGAGGAAGAAGAAACCUGCGAAACCUCGUUUGACGAACAACCAGUCAGUAGGUUCCGGUGGGAGCAAGCGGUGGUCGAAGAGCCGGAAAGAGAGGUUUGAUGACGUGGAGCUUCAGGACCAGGCUGUGACGGCUGCGGCGAAUAUUCUGUUGAAGCAGCAAUACGGCGUCGCUUUUGAUCGGUCUAGUUCGUUGAGGUUUCCGAAUAGUAAUGGGCAUUCUAGAAAGAACCAGGGCUUGCCGAGAAGUUCGAGCUCUAGGGCUAGGUCUUUAACUGAUCCCCUGCUUCAGCCCCACCAACUUGUUGUUAGUCAGGAUACGAAGCUAGAAGAUUUGGAGACCACCCAUUUUGUCCUUGUUCAUGGAGGUGGUUUUGGCGCUUGGUGUUGGUACAAAACUAUAGCACUUCUGGAAGAAAGUGGAUUCAAAGUUACUGCAAUUGAUUUAACUGGCUCAGGAAUUAAUUCUUUUGAUACAAAUAAAAUCUUGAGUCUUUCACAUUACACAAAGCCGCUUGCUGAUUUUCUUGAGAACCUUAAUGAAGGGGAGAAGGUGAUUUUGGUGGGACAUGAUUUUGGAGGUGCAUGUGUAUCAUUUGCAAUGGAGUUGUUUCCAUCUAGAAUAGCAAAAGCCAUAUUUGUUGCUGCUGCAAUGUUGAUUAGUGGGCAAAGUACUCUUGAUAUGUUUUCACAAAAGGAUGUUUCAAAUGAUCUGAUGCGGCAAGCUCAAAUAUUUCGAUAUGCAAAUGGAAAUAAGCAACCUCCGACAUCAAUCGAUCUUGACAAGUCACUUCUAGGGGAAUUGUUAUUCAAUCAGAGUCCUGCUAAGGAUGUAGCAUUGGCAUCAGUUUCAAUGAGGCCAAUCCCCUUCUCACCAGUCUUGGAGAAACUGUCUCUGACCGAGGCAAAUCAUGGCUCUGUUAGGCGGUUCUACAUACAGACCCCCGAGGAUAAUGCUAUACCCAUCCAGUUGCAAGAGGAUAUGAUAAGCAGAAGUCCGCCUGAACAGGUCUUCCGCCUUAAAGGUGCUGAUCACUCCCCUUUUUUCUCCAGGCCCCAAACACUGCAUAAGCAAUUGGUAGAGAUUGCAAAACUAGCAUAAAUGGCAGAGAUUCUGGAGAUAGCAAAUUGGCCGGACUGAUAACUAUUAGAGUUGCACAUUUCAAGGACACAUGAAAACCUGUAGAUUUUGGCAUAGGAUGUUGAAUUUUCUUAUAUCCCCAUAGUUUUAGGGAGUAGAUUCCGAUCUCUUGAAAUAUCAAGAGUCUUUAAAAAAUGCGUCAAAAGUGUUUGUUUCAUGUUUCUGAUUAUUAUAACUGAUGUUGACAACUUAAUAUCGAGAUAUAUCUUCGAAUA